UCACCGCGCUGCGGGCGCGGGUCUCCGCGGUGAAGCGGGUCAGCACCGCCCCGCGGAGCAGGCCCGGGACGGGGCCCGGGAGAGGCCGGAGAUUCCUUUAGCAGGGGUCGAUAGAGACUACAUGACAUGAAUCUGGAUAUUUUCAGGAUGGCACGCUCCCUGAAUGAAUGGCUAUGGCAGCAUGAAUACUGGCUCCCCCCAGGAAUCACCUGGGAAGACAUGAAAGAGUCGGAAGAUAUCCAUUACCCUCAGCCUCAUGAUCUCCUGCUCAGCAUCCCUUUUGCCUUAAUCCUGGUUGUCAUUCGAUGUUUCUUUGAAAGAAUCAUAGCCCUGCCCCUCAGUGGCAAACUGGGUGUGAGAGACAAGUUGAGACCAAAAGCUCAGCCCAACCCCAUGCUGGAAGCAUUCUACAGUAUGCGCUGCAAGAACCCAAAAGAGGGUGAGCUGAUCAAUUUAGCCAAACAGUGUGACCUGCCAGUCAGAAAAGUGGAGAGGUGGUUUCGGCGCCGGAGGAACGUAGACCGACCAAGUCUAUCAAAAAAAUUCUGUGAGGCCUGCUGGAGGUUUACAUUUUACAUCAUUUCUUUCUUCACUGGACUUGCUGUCCUAUAUGAUAAACCUUGGCUUUGGGACCAUAGAGAGUGCUGGACAGGAUAUCCACAACAACCUCUUCAGCCCUCUCUGUUCUGGUAUUACUUGCUGGAGCUCUCUUUCUACUGCUCACUUGUCUUCACCCUGCCUUUUGAUGUGAAGAGGAAGGACUUUAAGGAGCAGAUAGUCCAUCAUGCUGCAACAAUCUUCCUGAUCUGUUUCUCAUACUGUGCCAAUUACAUCCGCAUUGGGACACUGGUGAUGGUGAUUCACGAUGCUUCUGAUUGCUUCCUAGAGCCAACUAAGGUAUUCAAUUAUAUGAAGUGGAAAAAAACUUGUAACUGCCUCUUUAUGAUCUUCUCAGCUGUUUUCCUCAUCAGCCGCCUGGUCAUUUUCCCCUACACAGUGCUCUAUAAUACCUACUAUUACUCCAUGGAGAUAUUCCAGCCUUUCUUUGGGUAUUACUUCAUGAACGCUCUUCUGAUAACUCUGCAGCUGCUCCAUGUCUUCUGGUCCUGCCUAAUUAUUCAUAUGGUCUACAAGUUCCUCCUCCAGGGCACGAUGGAAAAGGAUAUGAGAAGUGAAACAGAAGAGAGUGACAAGGAUGAAGAAAGAGAAAAGAUUAGAGAAAAAGAGAAGAAUGGGAUCACGCAUUUCAGCAUCACAAGCAACGACUGUAUCCAGAGGAAUGGGUCUCAGCAGCAGAACAGCAGAACUCAUCUCACCAAUGGCCAUUGCAAGGAAAGAUAGCUACUGUUAACUGCUCUCUGCUGGUCUUUAACAAAUCCAGUCAAUCGUCUUUAGAAACAGUUUCGCUCAUUGUGUAGGUAAAAGGGAAUGUGACUGCAGUAUCAUAGCUGAAUUCCUGCUUCCUGUAAACAGAAGUGUAUAUAGGCACUGAUAUUUGAAGGAUAUUUUUGGUUUUUCUCCAAUAAAAGUUUUCUAUGGGUUGUAGUCUUGAAGCAGAUAGAAAGGGAUCAAAGUGGUUUGACUUGUAUUAGACAGUAAUAGUUGUUGUUAAAUGUGUUAAUCUUGAAAACCACUCAGAAUAGUGGAUAGAUUCUGACAAUGUCAAGUCUUAACUGCCUAAUGUUGUUUGGAAGGAAUUUAUUUAGCCUUGACCAGCCUUUGGCGGUCCUGGCCCAUUACCAGUAAUGAUUAUGGCUAGCAAGUAAGUGUGAGAAUCUAAAUCUUAAUAGAGAAACAUCUCUUUUGUGAAGACAGGUGAUCCACUCAUAAAACUAAAACUGAAUAGAGUGGGAUAAAAGCUUUGGAAAGAGGUAGGAGAAUACAUUUUCUUCUCAGAGGAAAUGCUGCUCUGUAGCAUAUGAUCAGUAUUGAAAUGAUGUGGAGCUCAGUCCCUUCUGUCAUCAGCAUUAUUGCUGCAAAAGUAGGAACUCCAAAGCCCAGAUUGCAGAUAGUUCCCACCUAGAUCAUGGUCAGAAUAGCUAGAAAAUGCAGGCUGUUGUGUCUCAAUUGUCAACUGAUCCUUUACACCUGUAUUAGAAGGGAACACUGUCAGGAGAAGGGAGGGGACAAGAAACCAGAUGUUCUAGUAGACAACACUAAUUAAGUGUUCAUGUUUUCAUCUACUGUGGUUGGUACAGUGGGAGAUCUCUACAGAGUCAGUCUGUGAUAAGAAGGGAAUGGCUUUACCCCGUCCCCAGAGGAAAAAGAAUCCAGAUAGGACCUGCUGAACCUUAUGGAAUAAUGCUUUAACUUAGCCUUCUGACUCUAGGGCCUUUGCCUAAACUUAUCAAAAAUAGAAAGAUUAAAGCAAUAGUCCAUAAAGACAUGAUGCAGCUCUAAUUCAGUUCCUUUAAAUGUCCUGUGAGUGUAUCUUAUAUCCUGCGUAGUUCUGGGCGAGGCUGGAUCCUAUAACCCUUUAGAAAAGUUAAAUUAGUAUGACAUGAAUUUCUAUCUUAAACAGAAAUUAAACUAUAAAACCAAAGUAUAAAUAGGCUCACUAUAAUGAGAGGAGAGAACAGACUGCCAUGGCCAUGUAGAAACUUCCGUAUAUGUGCCCGGUAAGGGCCAACAAUAACAGAGGAACAUGGACCAAGGAAAUAGCUGAUUUGAGAAGGUGGGCACAUUCUUAAAAUUAAGAGACAAAUGACAGUCUAAAAGGACAAGAGGCAUGUGAUGGUUUUUCAGCAGUACACUGAGUUCACCUGAAUUGUGACUGGGCAAGAUCUUUGAGCUGAGUCUGUCUGUGCUCAUCUUAGGUUUCAGUCAAAAUACACUGGAUGAUUUCAGAGGAAAAAGUGGUUCCAGCACAGGUGAUUCCAGGGCAGUAACAUUCUGUGGGAACAUGGCAUUCUGUUUCUGCAUCAUGGUUUAAAUUCAUCUUUGCUGGAGAUAGUUUCUCUGAAACCUUGAGCUAAUUUGAAGUUCAAAAUAAGUGUUCUGUAUACUGUUAUGUUUCUUUAGUCCAAGUGUACAAUCUUGCCACUCUGCAGGUGACAAGUGUUUGGGAGAAACAGUUGUAUAUCAUUUUGUACUACUAAAUGUAACAGUUCUUUAUAAAUUACUUUUGAAAGGUU